AAGGCAGCAGCCCCCCUCUUCCUGCCCCAUGUCUGGAACGGUUUGUUCUCCCUGCUCUUUGGAAAGGCCUGGGAGAAGUAGAGGAUUGUCUCCAACGGUCAGGGUACAGCUUGAGUUCCCCCAAAAGAAACCGUGCCCCAGGAGCAGUUCCUCUUACUGACCCUUUCUCUGGGAACUUGUUCUGAAUGUUGCAAGCAACUUGGGCUUGCUGUGGCAGUGAGGAUGUUGCUUCUCCUUGCAGAUGGCAUCAAGAUUGAGCCGCUCAACUACGUGCAGCUAUCGCGAGCCACCUCCUUCCCACUGCACGUGGUGAAGAACUGUGUGCAAGAGACCAUCCUCUUGUACUGUUUCCUCCUGAGGAGCAAGGAGCACGUCCCCUUUGCCUUCAGGGACAUUGGUGUUUUGACGUGCGAAGAUGGUUUCCUCUGCAUGAAGUUUUAUCUAGACUGUGUCAAACGUCUGGAGAGCACUGCAGGCCUGGUUGCACUGCUCCACAGUGUUUCAUCUGACUGUGAGGAGAAGGCCAGAGGCCAAAGUUUCCACCACCUCGCAGGAGGAAGCUGCAGGAGAGCGCAGGACCAGAAGAGUGUGCUCCCCCCGUGUCCAGGCAGCUCCCCCGGGACGAAGAAGGCAGACAGGCAGGAAACAGCUCCUCGAGCCAAGUCCACCACCACUGCGCUCCCUGCUCCUGAAGCCUCCAGGAGAGCGCUGCAGGAGACGGAAGGUGGCGUCCCGCACACCUUCCCUGCCUCUUACUGCCUCCCGUGUUGCCAUGAGCCACUUCAUUUUGACCAGGGGCCAUGGAAAAGGAACAAGGCCUUUCUGGGUCAUUGAUGGCAGAGGGCUUUGGUCACCGCGGGCUGUUCAGCUGCGUUUGUCACGAGUUGAGGAGCCUGGCCUAG